GCUGCUGCUCAAGGCUUUUUGCAGGCAUUUUGCAUCGUAGGGCUGCCCCCGAGCGAUUUGACCAGACAAGAUGAUCCUCACGCAGUGCGCCGUCUGCGCCACCGAGCUCGGCUUAUCAUUGGGCAAGAAAUGCGGCCGCUGCAGCACGCGCUACUGCGGCGCCGACUGCCAGAAACAACACUGGGAAGAGGGUGGCCAUGACAAGCUCUGCAGGAAAAUAAAAAAGGCAGGCGGCGCCGAGCAAUACAACGCAAAUGAGAAGUACACGGAGGCUGUCGGAGCUGCUGCGGAGGCGUGCGCGGAGGACACGAAGGGCCAGACGUGCUACAUCUGCACGCAGGCCCUCCAUUGGAAGACGAAGGAGGGCCUCGUGCGCGGCUGUUCGUGUCGCGGGACGGCGGGUUUUGCGCACGUGUCGUGCUUGGCGGAGCAGGCGAAGAUUUUGGUCGCGGAGGCCGAGGAGAACAAUUUGGAUAUCAAGGUGCAGCAUGAGAGGUUUGCGCGGUGGUUCGUGUGCAGUCUGUGUGAACAACAAUACCACGGCGCCGUGUGCGGCGCGCUCAGCUGGGCGUGCUGGAAGACGUACGUGGGCCGGCCGGAGGCGGACGUGGCUCGGAUGAGUGCGAUGAGCGUCCUUGGGAACGGUUUAUUCUCUGCAAAACACAACGAGGACGCGUUGUCCGUGAGAGAGGCCGAGUUGGCUAUGAAACGGCGCCUUGGCGAUUCAGAACACAACAUACUCAUCGUGCAGGGCAAUCUUGCGAUCACAUAUGAUGCUCUAGGACGGCUUGAAGAGGCCCUACAGAUGAAGCGAGACGUAUACUCCGGACGGUUGAGGCUCAGCGGCGAAGAACAUGAAGAGACCCUCCGAGCGGCCAACAACUACGCGUCGUCCCUUCUUACAACAGAUCGCUUCGGAGAAGCCAAAUCCCUGUUGCUCAAAACGAUACCUGUGGCGCGGCGCGUUCUCGGAGAGAAUAAGGAUCUCACGCUCAGGAUGAGAUUGGGUUACGCGGCGGCGAUCUACAGGGACCCCGGCGCCACGCUCGAGGAUCUCCGCGAGGCCGUGACGACGCUCGAGGAGACGGAACGGGCCGCGCGGCGCGUGCUUGGCGGCGCGCACCCGACCACAGCGGGGACUGGGGAGGUACUGCAAGAAGCGCGAGCCGCGCUAAGCGCCCGCGAAGGAUAAAUACAAGCAC